CAAAAUAUAUUAUAUAACACCCUGCAAGUACUUUAGCGAGUAAGCAUGUCAUCUAUCUUCUAAUCAGCAUAAAUGGUUAUACUUAUUAAUAGGAACAAUUCCAUGGCUUCUUUGAAGCUCGUGUUUCUAUUUAUGCUCACUAUUAGUUUCACAUACUUUGUUGCUAACACUCAAGCACAAGCACAAGCACAGGACAUUCCUGUAUAUCUCUACAAAAACUGUUCAAUCAACGCCACCACCGCCACCAACAGUCCCUUCCAAAUUGACCUCAAAACCCUCCUUCAUUCCCUCUCUUCAAACGCCACCGGAACCACCCAAUUCCACAACACCACCGUCACAGGUAAAUCCCCCGAUGACACAGUCUACGGACUUUUCUUAUGCAGAGGUGACGUCACACCAACUCUCUGUCGACAGUGCGUUGUGAACGCAACACAAAGACUGUUAUCAGAGUGUUCACAUUCCAAACAGGCGGUCAUAUGGUACGACGAGUGUACGGUACGCUACUCUAAUCGUUCAUUUUUUUCAACGGUGGAUACGAGGCCACGUGUUGGUCUUCUCAACACAGGAAAUGUUUCAAACCAAGAUAGUUUCAUGCGUUUGUUAUUUCUGACUAUAAACAAAACCGCUGAUGAAGCUUCGAAUUCUCCAAUUGGUUCUAAGAAAUAUGCGACGAGGCAAGCUACUAUUUCUGGAUUUCAGAAUCUUUACUGUUUGGCUCAGUGUACGAAUGAUCUGUCACCACAAGACUGUAGAAGGUGUUUGAGUGCUGUUAUUGGAGACCUUCCAUGGUGUUGUACUGGAAAGCAAGGUGGAAGAGUUCUUUAUCCAAGUUGUAAUGUUAGGUAUGAAUUGUAUCCUUUCUAUCGCACCAACAAUGUUUCUUCUCCAUCCCCUUCACCGUCAAUUCUUCUUCCUCCCACAACUAAUUCCACAGGAGGAAGUAGUGGGAUCUCAGGUGGGACAAUUGUUGCAAUUGUGGUUCCAAUCAUAGUUGCUGUGAUUCUAUUUAUAGUGGCAAUUUGUUUCUUGAGUAAAAGGGCAAGGAAGAACCGUGAUUCUCUACAAGAAGGAAAGACAGCAUAUGAUAUCACUAAUGUGGAGUCCUUACAAUUCGAUUUCGCCACCAUUGAAGCAGCCACCAACAAAUUCUCUGCUGAUAACAAGUUGGGUGAAGGUGGAUUUGGUGAGGUUUAUAAGGGGACUCUUACAAGUGGACAAGAAAUAGCUGUGAAGAGACUCUCCAAAAGCUCAGGGCAAGGUGGAGAAGAAUUCAAGAAUGAAGUGGUGGUAGUUGCCAAGCUUCAACACAGAAACUUGGCGAGGCUUCUUGGAUUUUGCUUGCAAGGAGAGGAAAAGAUACUUGUUUAUGAAUAUGUACCCAAUAAAAGUCUGGAUUAUAUUCUUUUUGAUCCUGAAAAGCAAAGGGAACUAGAUUGGGGUAGACGUAACAAAGUCAUUAAAGGGAUUGCUCGAGGAAUGCAAUAUCUUCACGAAGAUUCUAGGCUUAGAAUUAUACAUCGUGAUCUUAAAGCUAGCAACAUAUUGUUGGAUGGAGAUAUGAAUCCGAAAAUAUCAGAUUUCGGUAUGGCAAGAAUAGUCGGAGUUGAUCAAACUCAAGGGAACACCAGCAGAAUUGUAGGGACUUACGGCUACAUGGCUCCGGAGUAUGCAAUGCACGGAGAGUUCUCUGUAAAGUCUGAUGUAUACAGUUUUGGAGUUCUCAUUAUGGAGAUUAUAACCGGCAAGAAGAAUAGUUCCUUCUAUGACUCUGAUGGUGCCGAUGAUCUAUUGAGCUAUACAUGGAAAAUGUGGAAAGAAGGAGCACCCUUGGAAAUGGUGGACCCGACAUUAAGAGAAUCACAUAAUCCAAAUGAAGUUAUGAGAAGCAUUCAUAUUGGUUUACUUUGUGUUCAAGAAGAUCCAGCUGAGAGACCUACAAUGGCAUCAAUAGUUCUUAUGCUAGACAGUAACACGGUUACUCUACCAAAUCCAAAGCAGCCUGCAUCUUUUCUUCACAGUGCAACUGAUCCAAACAUGCCAAGGGACCUGCGAUUUGAUUCUUCGACAACAAAGUCAAUAACAACUUCUGUGAAUGAGAUGUCAAUUAGUGAAAUGGAUCCACGAUAAUUAAGCUUGAUCGCUUGCUUGGACAUUGCAGGUUUUAUUAGAUAAAUAAAUUGAAGUGUAUAUCUAUGUCUAUGUAGUAAUAAGUCAUAUAUAGUUUCAUAUAUGACCGUAUUCUGAAAUGUUGUAAGUUUGUAAGUAAUUUUUCUAUUGAAGUUUGUAUUUUAGUUGUUUAUUUUCAAUGGAAAAUAAUAUAUGCGGGUUGUUACUUGUUUAGUUUGGCCAUGUAUUAA